AUGAAUUCCUGCUGCUCUACAUCCUCACAAGCAUUUGGUGUUGUCAGGGUUCUGGAUUUUGACCAUUCUAAUAGUUGCUGCAAAGAGGACCAGAACUGCCAACCAAAAUGUCCUGCAGAUCAACUUACUUCAGACCUCCUGCAUCGUGGAGCCUCUUCUGUUAUUCAACCAACAAAAUUUCUUGAUUUUAAAGCAGCUCGUCCUUCUCCGAUGCUUAAAGGCAUUUCACGUAAAAGAAGUAAAAUUUCCUCGUCUUCAUCAAAUAUGCCUUUUUACCCAGAUUUCCUUGAAAGAAGACGUUCUUUAUUUCCUAAAUUUCAGAAAAGCAGUAUGUCCUUUCAUUCUGUACAAAGUAGAGCUAACUUUGAUUCUGAAGAAAAAAGAAGCUUCAGUGAUUUAAAGUCGCCCUCAGAACACUUUCGCUUUAGAUCCAGAAGUAUUUUCUGUACCCCGAAACUAAGCAUAAUUUCCUGUUAUGAGAAUGCUAGUACUUUUGAUGCAAGUAGUUCAUGCAUAUUUAAUCCAAAUGAAGUUGAAAUCAUUUCUAAAAACUCGAAUAUUACUGGUGCUGAAAAAUAUAUACACUCUUAUCCUCCUGAAUGUAACACUACCUAUUUUAUGAAUUCUAAAUCAAAAAUGAAUUCCUCUGCCGGUUGGGACACUGUUGCUACCUUGCAUCAAAGCAAAGCAACCAUGCUUACUCUUCCAAGUAUUAUUUCCUACUCCUCUGAACAACGUGGAGUUGACAAUGAUAUUCAAGAAAGAGACCAGUUAAGGAGCAAUUCUGUUUAUCCCACUUCUCAAAGUCACAGUAGAAACACUUUUCCAGCUAUGGUUCAACAGCAUCCCUCUCAAAGUGUAACUUGCCCUGUUCUCAAUAACGUUGAAUUUACUUCAUUUUAUAAAAAUGCUAGUGGCUUUGCACUACCUCAAAAUGAAGUUACCUCAGAUCCCUUUGAAGACGAAAACAAUGCUCUCUCAUUUAAAGAUGAAGACAAAUCUUCACUUAAUGAAAUUCCUAAAAUAAGGUCACCUUAGACUUUACCCUCUCUUGGAAGGGCGGCUCAAACCAGAUGCUCUCCCUGCAGGCAGAGUAUAUAGGCUGUAGAAAUCACUGCUUGGCUUUCAAGAAGUCUCCCUUGCUAAGCUUCCCUGCACUUUCUGAAAAAGAUUUCUACAUUGCAGUCUAAAUUUAACGUUAUUUUCUGUAUUUUUUAAAGAUAGUUUAUUAACAUUGGAAUAUGGAAGUCAAAGAUUAUUCAUCUGUUUCAGGCUUUUAACAGAUUUACUGCUUACCGACUGCCUAGUCCCAAAUUUCUGAGUUACUGUUGUAAUGCUUUUGUGGUCUGAAAAUAACAUCAAGUUUUGAUAAAUAGGUCUUCUAAAUGUAUUACAUUCUUAGAGAGUUUAACAUCUUCUUUUAUUCUACUUUAGUCAUUAAAAUAGUAUUCCUAUAUAAUCUAUAUAUCUAUAUUAGUUUACUAAUUCCUAUUUAUAUCGGCCUUCCUAGCCCUAUUUCUCAUGCUAGACAUCCCACUGAUAGACAGUGUUUUUAUACUACACAAGGAUCAAAUCAUAAAUAAAAAC